UACGACGUCGUACCCUCGCAUUGAAUUUCUUUCUUGAGAGGAAAGACAGCUUAACAAAAGGGAAGUGCGAUUCAUCGAUUUGAACCCUCAGCAAAUUUCAUCUCUCGUUCCCUCUCUCUCUCUCUCUCUCUCUCUCUCUCUCUCUCUCUCUCUCUCUCACUUCCUGCGAUUGAUUGUUUGUGUUAGUUGAUUCGAGGUCGCGAUGCCGAAGCAGCAAGCGAAUUGGUCUCCGUACGACAACAAUGGAGGGACAUGUGUUGCGAUUGCCGGAGCUGAUUACUGUGUGAUUGCGGCCGAUACUCGAAUGUCCACUGGCUACAGUAUUCUUACUCGCGAUUACUCCAAAAUUAUUCAGCUAGCGGACAAAUCUGUGAUGGCCUCCUCAGGUUUUCAGGCUGAUGUAAGAGCUCUGCAAAAGGUCUUAGCAGCUAGACACUUGCUUUAUCAACACCAGCACAACAAGCAAAUGAGCUGCCCUGCAAUGGCUCAGUUGCUUUCUAAUACCCUCUACUUCAAACGUUUCUUCCCAUACUAUGCUUUCAAUGUCUUGGGGGGCCUUGACAGUGAGGGAAAGGGCUGUGUGUUCACAUAUGAUGCUGUUGGAUCUUACGAACGGGUGGGAUACAGUGCCCAAGGUUCUGGUGCAACUCUUAUCACACCCUUCUUGGACAACCAACUGAAAUCUCCAAGUCCUCUUUUGUUGCCUGCAAAGGACGCAGUGACUCCACUUUCAGAGGUAGAAGCCAUCGACUUGGUCAAAACCUGUUUCGUUUCAGCAACUGAAAGAGAUAUUUACACAGUAAGUUUGUGUUCACUCACUCAAGCAAUCCAGUUAGUAAGACCAAGUGUAAUGAUUUUUCUUUGGUUUACUCAUGCCCUAUAACAUCAUGAGAUAAGCUCUCAUAAAUUGACCAAGUUUACCAUAUAUUUUAUGAGUAACUAGUGUUCUGAUCACUCUUCUCUGAGAUUCAAGGAUCAACCGUCUUAGAUAUUUGAUUACCCACCAAGAACCAUUCUCAUUUCCUCGGUCUUUUGGCGAUUGCAGGGAGACAAGGUGGAGAUGCUCGUAUUGAACGCUAGUGGUCUCCGUCGUGAGUUCAUGGAUCUCAGGAAAGAUUAGACCCAUUCCCUGUUUCUUGUGCUCCAGCUUUCCCAGAAACGAGAUAGAUAGUGUCGAUGAACGCUCAUUCGGGCUCAUUCAGCACAUAAUUUUCUUGGGGCACUUCAGUUUCCUCAUUUCACCACCAUUCACAUCGAGUCUCUCUGCAUGUAUUUGGAUCUUAGUUUGUGGCAAAUGUAUGGAUUAUGGGGUUGGUUUUGAAUUUUAGUUAUAUGAAACUUAAAUGAUAUUUCUUGAUA